UCACGCGCGAAUUGCUGCACCAAAGACACUACUUGGUCUGCCUGAACUUACUCUAGGUGUUAUACCUGGGUCAGGAGGCACACAACGUCUCCCUAGGCUUAUCGGGCUGCCAAAAGCACUUGAACUCAUGCUGUUUUCUAAAUCAAUUACAUCCGAAGAAGGAAAAGAUCUAGGCCUUGUUGAUGCUGUUGUACCUUCUGAUGAAUUAUUAAAAGCAUCCCGCCAGUGGGCACUAGACAUCAUAGAGAGGCGCAAACCAUGGAUACGCUCUCUUCAUAAGAUAGACAAACUUGGUUCCCUGCCAGAAGUGGUUGCUAUUAUAAAAACAGCAAGGCAGCAGGCCAAACAGAGUUUUAAAAAUUUGCCUCAGCACCAGGCAUGUCUUGAUGUAAUUGAGGAAGGAAUCAUUCACGGUGGUUAUCAUGGAAUUUUAAAGGAGUCGAGAGUAUUUAAAGAUCUAAUCUCUACAGACACAUCAAAAGGUCUAGUGCAUGCGUUUUUUUCUCAAAGGGCAACAAGUAAGGUUCCAAAUGUCACUGACAUUGGACUAAAACCAAGAAAAAUAAUGAAAGUUGCUGUUAUUGGUGGAGGGCUAAUGGGUUCUGGCAUAGCUACAUCUUUAAUUUUGAGUGAUAUAUAUGUCAUCCUCAAAGAAAUCAAUUCUGAGUAUCUUCUAAAGGGGAUAAAAGCAAUUGAAGGGAAUGUCCGAGGUCUGGUAUCAAGAAAAAAAUUGGCAAAGGAUAAAGCUGAGAAAGCCCUUUUGAUGGUUAAAGGCACUUUGGACUACUCUGAUUUCAAGGAUGUGGAUAUGGUUAUUGAAGCUGUUGUUGAGAAUAUUCCUCUGAAGCAGAAAAUUUUUGCUGAUAUUGAGAAAGCAUGCCCACCUCACUGUAUUUUGGCUUCAAAUACUUCUACUAUUGACCUCAAUAUAAUUGGAGAAAAGACCAAAUCACAAGAUCGGAUAAUUGGUGCACAUUUUUUCAGCCCUGCUCACAUAAUGCCCCUUUUGGAAAUUGUGCGGACGGAGAAGACUUCGGCACAAGUAAUUCUUGAUUUAAUGACUGUUGGGAAGAUCAUAAAGAAAGUUCCUGUUGUAGUUGGGAACUGCACUGGUUUUGCAGUGAACAGAGCAUUCUUCCCCUACUCUCAAAGCGCACAUCUACUGUUACACUUAGGGGUGGAUAUAUUUAGAAUUGAUCAGCUUAUCAGCAACUUUGGCCUUCCAUUGGGGCCAUUCCAGCUUCAGGAUGUUGCAGGAUAUGGAGUAGUAGUUGCAACAACAGAAAUAUUCCGUGUAUCAUUUCCUGAUAGGACAUUUCAAUCUCCAUUGGUGCCUCUUCUUUUAAAGAACGGGAGAAAUGGAAAAAAUAAUGGAAAAGGAUAUUAUAUCUACGAGAAAGGAAGCAAGCCCAAACCUGAUCCUUCUGUUCUCCCAAUAAUAGAGCAAUCUAGAAGAACUAUAAAUAUUAUGCCUGGUGGCAAGCCUAUAUCUGUCACCGAUGAUGAAAUUGUUCAGAUGAUACUGUUUCCAGUGGUGAAUGAGGCAUGUCGUGUAUUGGAUGAAGGGGUGGUUGUCCGAGCAUCAGAUCUUGAUACUGCCUCUAUUCUCGGCAUGAGUUUCCCAUCUUAUCGCGGCGGUAUUAUUUUUUGGGCAGACACCAUUGGGGCAGAUCAUAUAUACAAAAGUCUCCAGAAGUGGUAUAAAUUAUAUGGUAACUUCUUCAAACCAUCAAGGUUUCUGGAAGAAAGAGCAACCAGAGGCAUCCCAUUGAGUGCACCCGCCACAACAUCUUCUACAGCAAAGGCACGCCUAUGAUUCUCCUGCUGGAUAUUUUGGGCGAGGGGGAGAAAAUAGCUUUAAACUGUACUAUCAGUUAUGUAAUACUACCAUUGUUUAGCAAUAUUUAAUGUCUGAGCUUUCUCUUUGGCUCCUCAAUCAGCCUUUCAUUUAAGCAACCAAUGAAAAAUAAUGAGCAUAAGAGUUUCUGUAACUGCACUGGUGUGUAACAUACAAAUAUUGUUUUGGAAUGGUGUUUGAAGAAUCAAAAUUUGUGUUUAACUAACA